CAACUCGGGAAGCACAUGUUUGAAGCGUUCGGAGCGGGAGCACAAGCGUCUGCUCUGCUGACAUGGACGAGUCUCUCCUGGAUGACAGUGACAAGUUUAAAGAGAAAGUCGUCCAUUUUGCGAACGUGAUCAAAGAAAAUAAAGACGAGUUGCUGCACAUGCUUGAAAGUAUGGGGCAUGUUUUGACGCACCGAGACUACGAGCGAAGGGCUGCUGCUGUGAGACUUAUUUCUGAAGUCGUCCAAAUUCUUCCCCAGAGAUUCCUCCAAAGACAAGAGACUGCCACUCUACUUCAGUUCUUUGUGAGGAAGCUUGAUGACCAUCCAGUUAUGGUGCCACCCGUCGUACAUGGCAUUUAUGAGCUAAUAAUCAACGAUCAUGAGAUGGGUGAUACUGAAAUUGAGAAGACACUUCAGGCCAUCCUCUAUGAUGUGCCAGUGCCUGGACUUCUCCAGGCUGAACGCUACAUUGUCUACAGGAUGCUGGCUUACAUGCUGCUUAAUUACAACUCAGCUCUGUGUAAAAUAGGUAGCCAAUUUGUGCAAGGUUGCAUUCAAGCGAUUGAAGGCGAACGAGAUCCACGAUGUCUCUUGCAAGUGUUUGCCAUAAUCCCUAUGAUUUGCAAGAACUUUAUUUUAGGUGAACUAGAAGAAUCUGUGUUUGAAGUGUGUGCGUGCUAUUUUCCUGUUGACUUCAAUCCUCCUGGCAAUGAUGCAGGCAGAAUUAGCCGGGAAGAUCUGGCUGAAGCCUUGCUGAUGUGUAUGACUGCUUCAGCUGGUUUUGGAAAGUACUGCAUACCACUGGCUGUAGAAAAGCUAGAUUCUGAUCUAGCUGUUGCAAAGUUGGACUCGCUGAAACUCUUGAUUCGUGGAGCUGAUGUUUUUCCCGCUGCCUGUUUCAAGGAAAAGGCAGUGCUCAUAUGGAGACAAAUACACAACUUGGUAUUUGUGAACAGACAUGAAGCCAUCAUUCCCACUGCUCUCGAUUGUCUUUCAAGUGUUUCAAGAGUCCUCUCAAAGCACAAAAAUGCAUUGAGAGCACUCUUCAAGACUGUUUGGAAAGACUUGCAACAAGGUGAAAUCCCAGGAAUGGGCAGAGUGUUGGAAGCAUUUGCAAGGGCUUCUGCCGAAGCCUGCUCAGUUGCCCUUGUAGAAGCGCUGCCCAGUAUACUUCAGCUGCUGUCAAAGAAUGAAGGCUUGAGGCCACUUCUGGUUCUUGAAAGUACCAACACUGUCCUGUCAUUUUAUGCAGCUCUAUGCAAUCACCAAACAGUGACACAGGAGCUGAACCGGUUGCUUGGCCUGCUGGCUGACCUGCUGUGCACUCUGCUGACUGGCAGUGAUGAUGAGCUAGCUUUACGGGCAGUUGCAGCACUUCACACUGCACUUCAAAUUGAGGGCUUCUUGACAGAAUCACAACUGCACAUAAUAAAGGACCUGAUAGUUCAUGUGGCAACACAUGAGGACGCUCCUGUACCACGGGAUGAACAUGUUUUCCUACUGGCUACAGCUGCAAGUGAAGCUCUCUUACCGGACACUGUGUGGUGCAGAAUAAGAGAGGAAAUUGACAGAGGUUUAUGCACUGGCAAGCUGGAACGAAUUUUGAGAGUGACCAUUGCAUGUGCUGGCAGCACAUUGUCUCUGUCUAAAUUGCUGCCGUAUCUUGAAGACUGUUUUCUGUCUUAUAUACAAGAUGUUGAGAUCUACUACCGGAACCAUCUAGCAAAAUGCCUAACAGGAAUCGCUAAUCUAGCAGAAGCAUAUGGAGUGAGUUUUGAUCACACAUCACUAUUGAAGAACACUGUGAUUGCCUGGAUGGACACGGUGAAAAGUGGGCAUAAAAAUGAGAGUUCCGAAAGCUUUGCUGAUGUUGCGGACCUGUUGGAGAAACUUUCCGAAAUAUGCAGUAUCAGCGAUAUGCAAAAUAUCAUUGCCUACGUUGAAGAAGCAUGCAUAGACACAUCACUUGCCAACACCUCACUCCUCUUGCUGAGGUGUAUCAUCUGCCAUGCACAUCCAGAAGCCCUGUGUACCACCAGCUGGCGCUUUGUGCAGCUGCUGAUCGACACCCAUUGCCAGCGUGAAAGUGAACACAUACCACAGUGCUUAGCUGGCUACGUGAAUAAGCUGCCAGAUGCCAUCCUAGAGGAGACCUUGGGCUGUUUUUGGCCUUGCCUUGAGCCCGAGUGGACAGUAGCAAAGACUGAACUGCUGUUGUGGGUGACCAAAGCACUUUUGUUGAGGGGAUACCCAGACUUGAUUCCAUGUACAAUGUUGCUGAAAGAGCUUUUGAACGAUGAAAAGUUGGGGAGGCCUGUUGCCGAAGGCUUUCAACAAAUUCUGCAACCGUCGGUCCUGACAACAAAAGGACACUGCACUAUCAAGCUCAUGCAUCCACAGCGGUUUUUUGUGGAAACAGUAGACUUCCUAAUAGAAGGUUUCAACAGUGCCACAGCCGAAGCUGUGAAGGAGAAUUUCCUUAUGGGCCUUUGCUGCCAGCUUGCCUAUGUUCCUAAGCCAGUGGUAAACACAUACAUCGAUCAGAUCCUACCAAUCUUGGUGACUGCCCUGAGUAGUGCAGAGGAAUCAGUAAUAGAAGAGUGUGUGCUCCCAUGCCUUACUGAAAAUGUAGGGCUGAUGGCUUCCUGCCUUGACUCAGUCUUGGUACAGCUUUUACGACUUGCAAAGCCACCUUUUUCAAUGGAAGCCCGCCGGUCUGCUCUGGAAUGCUUACUCCGACUAUCCAGCAUCGAGGAGGAUAAGUUGCUGCCCUACCGACAGCAGGUGGUACAAGGCCUGACACAGUGCUUGGCAGAUCGCAAGCGCAUUGUCCGCCAAGUGGCAGCUCAAGCAUCGUCAAUGUGGCACAUGGUUGGAGAGCCAAAAGGUGUACGAAAUCAGUUGUUGCUGUGAGUGCACCUUCAUGCCAUGGGUUUAAGUUCAUCAGAAGACAGAGGCCACUGGGUUGCAUAACAGAUUUUAUGUAACUAGAUUUCGUUUACAAAAUGUAUUCAGUUCAAAUUGAGACUUGUGAUUCAAGCUUGAAUUACAGUUCUGAGUUAAAAAUAAAAAGCUUUUUUGUGAGAUACAAUAAACUUGUUUUUUUAGUUAAAAAAAAAA